AAAUCUCUUUUAAAAUUUGAUAUUUUACUUUUUUAUUAUUAGGUGGCACACUUGACUUCCAUACUUAACGCAUCGACAUCUGCCUUUUUUUACGUUUUUUUUUUUUUACAUUGUCUGUCACGUUAGCGGUGUUUACCAUCAUUUCUACAUCCAACACGUCCCAGAGAAGGUGAAACCAACAUCAAACCCAACAUUUGGAGCUUGUAAACUCCACACACCUCUCGUGCAGCACCAGCUGUCUGAUGCUGCAGCAGCAUCAAUCUUCCCGGCUGGAUGAGUGAAUUUCUUCAUCAGAGUCAAUAUUCUGCUUCAUAAUCAGAGUCAGUCAUUACCAGACAAAGUGAUCAGUCAACAAAGACCAGACCUGCCAGCAAUUAUACGUUUUAUCUAAUAUUUGCACUCUACAUGCUGCGCGCAUCUCCUCCUCUCCCCGACUGGGAGCCUCUCGGCGGGAGGCGGUUUUCAAACUCUAAAAACUCCCAAACUUUGCUCAGCCUGAAGGUUCCACAUCUCCACUAUCUUCUGGUGUAAAGUAGUAACUUCACGAGGGAUCAUAUCUGUGGAUGAGACUUGUUAAAGUCAGCAUUGAGGCUUUGGCGUUUAUAACGAGUAAGUCCCAACACCGACAACAACGUACUGAAACUAGAACCAACACGCAUAAACAGACAGAUCGAUCCCGCCUACUUACACUGUUGGUCUCUUUUAAAUACGCAGUAAUCGUUGCCUUUUUCGCUUCAUCCUGCAUCCUAGCAGCAACCACUUUGGCGCCUCUGGAGUCGGUGUUUGUUUACGUUAUGCUGCAUUCAAUGUAAUUGGAAAAAGGAGCUUCAAGCGCUAAACCUUUUCUUUCUGGCCUUAGUUGGGGGGGAUGGAUCGGGGUAGAUCUGAAUCUGGGGGGGACAGAUCCCCCCCGUCCUCCACCCUAUCUGCGCGCCUGGCAUAAUCCACCCAUGAGCUGAAGAGUAAUUUGGUCUUUUCAGUGUCAAACCACACUAAACCGUUACGUAAUGAUGAUGGAGGUGCUGUAGACAUGGUCAGUAUUAUGAGUUUUAGUGCACUCUUAUUUAAAAAGGUUUCUGCCUAAAACCGCCCUCUCCAUCCUCUCUUUCCUCUGGUGAAGGAGGUGGAGAGAGGUGAGAGUGAUGACGGUGAUGGUAGUGAUGAUGAUGGUAAUGAUGAUUAAAUUCCGUUUAUUCAGUUCAGCCUGUAGGUCCUGCCGUGGCGGCAGCUAACUCGCGAAAGAUAAAUGCUAAGCUAGCGAAAAUCGAGCAGGAAUAUGUAAGGAGCUACAGCAGCUUUACCUCCAUCACAACCGUUUUCAGGUCAGCAUGCCCUAUUCAGCACUUCUGCUUCUGUUCUGGUGAAGUUGUGGCCCUGGAGGAUGAGCGUGAGGAAGAUGCAGAUUGUCACACCCUGUCCUGUCUCCCCAUUCUGUUCAGUCCUGUGUCCAUGUUAAUUGCUCCCACCUGCCUCUCGUCUCCCAAUCACCCAAGGUCCCAGCUCCUCCUGUAUUUAAACCCUGUUAGUCCAUUUUGUCUGGUUGGUUGGUUCAUUGUUUCAUUGUCCUGCAUGCCCUCCAUUAAGUCAGUGUUUUAAAUGUUCCUGUCUGCCUCCCUGCCUGUUUCUUCCCCUGCACUUGGAUCCUCACCUCCGUCUCACUCACCGGCGCGCGCUGACAGAAUGAACCAACACGUAAAAGGAUCCAACGGGGAGAUUCUCCCCUGGGAGUGCCUGCUCCAGUUCCUCUAUUCGGAACACCGGCCGGCUUCUUCUCCUCCUCCGGCUUCGCCUUCACCUCGCCGCAGACGCCGUCACCGGGCUUCAGCUGUGGCGUUCCUCUCCACCCUUCCAGAGACAGAUGAGAGGUUGGAUCGGGAGACGCUUCCGGAUCGCUCCAGCUUCAUGGGCACCAGACUGGCUGUGUGCUCCCCCGGAGCUGGCCCACGGCGUGGGGAAGGAAGCCGGGCUCCACCGCAAUCCUGUGUCCCAGGACGGAGCCGCGAGCUCGCCGCUGCCCCGGCUCUGCGCUCCUGCUUGGACCCGCCCCCAGUCAGACCAACAGUCCCGUCUCCGGUCCAAUCCGCGCCUCCGUCAUCGGCAGGCGGAGGAACCACGCCCACAGCUCAGCUGACAGAGCUCGCAGAUCUGCAGGCGGAGCUUGGCUGGAUCCGUCAGCUCGUCAUCCUCAAGGAGUCCCAGCUGGACAACCUGUCUCCCGAAUCACCAGGAGAGGGUUUCAGUCCAGCCAGCAGCUCCCUCAUCUCAGAGCCAGAGGAGCAAGCCUGCAGUCCACCCAGCAGAGCUUGCCGGUCUCCGAGCUGAGCUGGCCCAACUCCAUCAGAGCCUCAGUCUCCAGGAGCUCCAACUGGACACUCUAUCCUCCCUCCUCUCCCAGUUUCCUGCACCACCAGUUCAAUCGCAUCCAGUUCCAGCGGUGGUCCCGGAGGUCGCACCGCAUCCGGUCCAGCCUGUCCAAGCGGUCCCGUCUGCAGCGACUCCUCCUCCACUCCAGAAGCCGGCGGUCCAGAAGCCGGCG